AUGAAUCACAAGUCGAAAGAAGUUAUCAAAGGUUUUGUAGAUUCAGAAGUCGCUCCAUUGGCUCAUCAAACUGAUUUACAAAACGAUUUUCCAAAUGAACUUUGGAAGAAAUUUGGAGAGAUGGGAUUAUUAGGAAUCACUGUACCCGAGAAAUACGGAGGAUUAAAUAAAGGAUAUCUAGACCAUAUCAUAGCCAUGGAAGAGAUCUCAAGAGGAUCAGGUUCGAUUGGAUUAUCAUAUGGAGCUCAUACGAAUCUGUGUAUCAAUCAAAUCCAUCGAAACGGAACCGAUUCACAAAAACAAAAGUAUUUACCUGAUCUUAUCUCUGGUCAAAAGAUUGGAUCAUUGGCUAUGAGUGAAGUCGAAUCGGGUUCAGAUGUGGUUUCGAUGAAACUUUUGGCCAUUGAAAAAGAUGAUCAUUAUCUUUUGAAUGGAAAUAAGUUUUGGAUCACCAAUGGACCCAACGCCUCAACACUAAUAGUUUACGCCAAAACCAAUCCCCCCAAAGGUAUCACGGCAUUCAUCAUCGAAUCUGAUAUGGCUGGGUUUUCCACCUCACCAAAGUUAGAUAAAUUAGGCAUGAGAGGUUCGAAUACAUGUGAAUUAGUCUUUGAAGACUGUAGGGUCCCAAAAGAAAACGUUUUAGGUGAGAUCAAUGGUGGACUAAAGGUUUUAAUGUCAGGUUUAGAUUUAGAAAGAUUGGUUUUAAGUGGAGGUCCUUUAGGACUUAUGCAAUCUGCUUUUGAUGUGGCUAUGCCUUAUAUACAUGAUCGACGUCAAUUUGGAAAACCGAUUGGUUCUUUCCAAUUAAUCCAAGGGAAAAUAGCAGAUAUGUAUACUAAGAUUAGUGCAUCUAGGUCUUAUGUUUAUGCAGUGGCUAGAGCAUGUGAUCAAGGAAAGGUUAGUAGAAGAGAUUGUGCUGGAGUGAUUCUUUAUACAUCAGAUCGAGCAUUAGAAGUAGCCACAGAUGCGAUGCAAAUGUUGGGUGGAAAUGGAUAUAUCAAUGAGUAUCCUACCGGAAGGAUUUUUAGAGAUGCGCAACUUUAUAGGGUAGGAGCAGGUACACAAGAAAUCAGAAGAAUGUUGAUUGGUAGAUUGUUUAAUGAAGAUUAUUCAAAGGUUUGA